UUCCCUCCUUUGAGUCCUUUUCGGGGCGGGGGAGGUUCGUGGGAAAAGGAGACUGGGAGGUUUACUUACUGAUUUAGCCACUGUGCCUCCAGGAAGAGCCUCCGAGGCCUCUUCCAUCCUGGGCCUUCCUCGUUCUCCUGUCCCGCUGUCCCCCACCUCCACCGUGAUGUCCUCAUCCUGGUAACAGAGUGAGGACGGGGCCCCUACGCCCAGUAGGACUUGGGCUCUACCUUUGCUGCCCUCCCCUCCCUGAUGUCUCCUACCUCUUCCUUGCCCUCCCCUAACAUGAGAGGGGCAGCAGGGAGUAACGGAGCGUGUGGCGGUCAGGGCUCCAGGUCUGGCUCUGCCUCCGACAAGCUGUAGGAGCUUGGGUCUCAGCUCCCUCAUCUCAAAAGUGACAGGGAAGGACUCGUGCUGUGUGUGUGUCUUACACUUUGUUGGGUCCCAGACCUCUUGAAGAGCUAUGGGUCUUCACCCCAGAAAGAUGCCAGCACGUGCGUUUUAGCCAUCACUUCAGGCAUUCCACCGAUACUCCCAAAGUUGGGCUCCAUGGACCUCGCAUUGAAACGUGGUGCAACGGUGGUUGUGAUAACCGCCGACCUUUGACCUUGAUAGCUUGGAAAGUACACUCGUUCGCUCCUUUAUUCACCACAAUCCUCUAAAACGCAUGGGCCUCGUAAUACCCCUCAUUCCAUGUUGUUGAUGAGAAAAUUAAGGCUCCAAGAAGAGAAGUAAGUUGCUCAGACUAGCUCUUUGUUUUCAACGAGGAGGCUGAGCAGCCGCCCCAGCAGACGCAGAGAUGCAGAGCUUUGGGAAGACCCCGGCGGGCAAGACCAUCGCAUUCGAGGUCCAGCCCAGGGACACUACUGAGAAUGUCAGAGCUAAAAUCCAAGACAAGGAGGGCAUCCCACCUGACCAGCGGCGUCUGAGUUUUGCGGGCUAGUAGCUGGAGGACGGCAGCACUCUCUCAGGCGAUAACCUCCAGAAAGCGUCCACUCUGCGUUUGGUGCUUCGUCUGUGGGGCUGCGGCAGCAUGGAGCCUUCCCUCUGCCAGCUCGCCCAGAAGUACAACUGUGACAAGACGAUCUGCCGCAAGUGUUACGCCUGCCCGCAUCCCCGUGCUGCCAACUGCCGUGAGAAGGGUGGCCCCACCAACAAUCCACGCCCCGAGAAGGUCAAGUAAGGCCCCUCCAUCACCACCUCCUCGCCCUGGCAUCCUGCUCAAAUCCCUUGGCCCUGGGGCUUCAUUAAAGUUUCCCUUUCGUUGACUGGAGCAGGAGGGAAAAAAAUUUGCUCAGCACAGCCCACCUGACUCCAAAUCUGCAUACUUCAUCCCGCGGCCGCCCUCCUAGCUGUGUGCAUUCUCACCCAUUCAUCCGGCUCUCCCCAUCACACCACACCCCUCAAACUUUAUCUUCCUAUCAGACUAGGGUUAGGGGAACUGGAAGGAGGACGGUAAAGCCAAUAGAAAAGGUUAAUGAGUGUGGCUGGUGCAGGUGUUGCUGGAUCAGGUGGGCCACACCUUGGUUUCUGGAGCCGCCCUGGGCGUGGCCCAGGUCCCCAGUGGCCAGCACCCCACCUCUCUGGUGAGGCCCAGCCCAGCCCCACACGGGCAGGUCCGGGGCAGGCUGUGCGGGAAGUCUGGUCCUGCAGUCAGCAAUGUGCGGAGGGCUCUGUCCUCCCAAAUGGAGCACAGCUUUCCUCAGCCUCUACUUAUUGAAGCGGAGAGGCGUCCUCUCACCACUGGUGAGGCUUGAGCUCCCUUUUGUGGAAGCUGUAGGAUGGAGGGGUGAGGCAGAGUCUGCCUCACUGCUGAGCUGUCAGGCAGGCCUGCCCCUGCCUGCUCACCCCACCACCUGCCUACCCCCCAAUAGCCUGUGGCCGCUUUCAUCUCUGCAGCUCAAAGGCAGUACCGGCGUCCCCUCAUUAGUCAGCUGUCCCGGAUGGGUGGCCACGGAUGCUGGGCUGAGAACCUGGGCCACCUCCCUCCGAAGCCCCAGGGAAGGCUGCAGACGGGCGUUGGGGCCUCUGGAGACAUUUUUGGCCAAGAAGGUGCACUUCUGGGGGAGGUGCGAAGACCAAGGCACUGCGUUAUGCAUGCUUUCUCAUUUACAGGGAUAAUCCUGUGCUCCCCUGGCCAGUUCUCAGAGCCCGGGAGCGUCACAGAUGAGCCUCUCCUCCCUCGCCUCCUGCAGAAUUGUUCUCUGAGCUUCUUCAGCAUGAGCUCUGAUCCUCUCCUCUGUUUUCCAGGCUGGCUCCCUUCCUCCACCCAGGUGUCUCAGCACCACCCUCUGUCUCCAUUCUUCUUCUAUAAUUUCUUCUCCAGAAGACUGAGUUUCAACCCCCUUCGCUCCUGAGCUCCGCAUUUCUAACUUGAACGUCCCCCCUAAACAUUUCCAGGUGGAUGCCUGGCCAGCCACUCAAAUUCAGCCUCUCCAGAAGGCAUCAUUCUUCCCUUAGUUCCUUCACACACAAUUGUGAGACCAAAGACUCACUCCUGCCUCACCACCUCUGCCCCCCCC